ACCUUCCCGAGGUUCUCCAUUUACACAUGCGCUUUUAUUGGUCGAGUUACUGACCUCAAUGCCGACCUGCAGCUAUAAAGUGACUGGAAAGCGGCAGUUAGGGUUAGAGUAGUGUUUUAAUCGGCUGCUUGGUCUCUGCAUAUAAGAGGAUUCACAGGUUGAACUUGCAAUUAAACCCAAGUGGCUUCUAGACUUGGUGUUUGUCCCGACCAUUUUGGAAGAUGAGCUCCAGUGGCCUUGCUCCGUUCGCCAGCCAGGAGAACAUCUCUGCUCAGGGAAGGGUGGAUGGUCCUCGUGUAAAGGCUGGCCAAAGGGUUGUACUGGGUGUUUUGACUGAAAAUGAUCACCAUAGAAGAAGUAACCAGGGUGUUCCAGCUAAACAUGGAUCAGCACUGCAUAACGUGUCUGCCCAUGGAAAUGACGCCCUGUCUUAUCGGCUCUCUUCUGCCAUUGGUGUCAGGGUGGCUGAACCAGUUGAGGUGCAAGCUGCUAAACCUACUGGAGAGCAGUCGGCUGUUUCUCUUCAUCCUUCAGAGCUUCAGAUUUUGACUGCUGUUAAUGACUUUACCUCAGGCUCAAGUUUGGAUGCUUCUAUGCAGUCCCUGCCAGAGGAAGAACCAGUCAUUUCUGAGGACUUCUUGUCUGUUGCUGAGUAUGCAGAUGAUAUCCAUAAUCACCUGCGAGAAAGUGAAUUGAGAUAUAGGUCAAAGCCUGGUUACAUGAGCAAGCAGCCAGACAUCACCAGCUGCAUGAGGGUCAUCCUUGUUGACUGGUUGGUUGAAGUUGCUGAGGAAUACAAGCUAUGCUCCGAGACUGUGUCUCUGGCAGUGAAUUACUUGGACCGCUUCCUCUCCUGCAUGUCUGUUCUCAGAGGGAAACUUCAGCUUGUGGGGACUGCUGCAAUCCUUUUGGCUGCAAAAUAUGAAGAGAUUUAUCCUCCAGAGGUGGAUGAAUUUGUCUACAUCACAGAUGACACCUACACCAAAAAGCAGCUCCUGCGUAUGGAGCACCUUAUGCUCAAAGUGCUGUCCUUUGACAUGACCGCACCAACAAGUCACCAGUUUCUGAUGCAGUACCUUUUGGAGGGAACUGUCUGUGCUAAAACUGCAAAUCUUGCUUUGUAUGUUUCAGAACUGAGUUUGCUUGAAGUGGACCCCUUUCUGCAGUAUCUUCCGUCCAUGAUUGCUGCUGCGGCUUAUUGUUUGGCAAACUACACUCUCAACAGAGCCCUAUGGCCUGAUUCUCUGUAUGCUUUUACUGGCUACACUCUGGCAGAGAUUGCACCAUGUCUGAUUCAGCUCCAUCAGCUCCACUUGGCUGCAAAAAGUCGGCCUCAGCAGGCCAUCUAUGAGAAGUACAAGAGUGCAAAGUACUGCUGUGUAUCCCUGAUUAAACCAGUGGAGACUUUGCCAUUGCAUUGAUGUCCAGUGAAUUUGAACCAAGAACCUGCAGCACUUGCUCAUCCAUAUGUAAAUACUGCAUGAGCUGUCAAGAUUUUUUUUUAAACCUAUUGAUUUUAAUUUUUAUGUGAUUUUUAUCAUAGUUCAUAAUGACUUAAGUCGGCAAUAAAAUGCUGCAACUUGUUCUCUGUACAGGCAUUGGGUAUGACCUGUCUGUACCCAUUACCACCCUAGUACUGUCCUGCAGAAUCAUGCUUUUUUUUUUUCCUCAAUAAAUGAAACAAGUUGCCAUA